UUCCUGUUAAGUAAAAUGGCAGAUGAACAGCAAGAAAAUUUAUCAACUUAUAGAUUGCAAUUACAGCAGGUUGAAGCUUCUUUGACAACAGAUCCAGAUAAUGAAGACCUCAACAAGCUCAAGAAAGAUCUACAGGAGGUCAUAGAUCUGACAGAAGAACUCAUUGGAAACAAACAGUUGGCAGCGAUUGCAGCUGAUGCCAGUAUCUCAGGAAGUAGUCUGGGAUCAACAGAGGAUACUGGUCCUGUAGAAUGGCAAGUCGGAGACCCGUGUCUGGCCAUUUGGUCUAAAGACGGACAAUACUAUGAAGCAAAAAUUGAUGAGAUAUUGGAAGAUGGAACAUGUGCAGUCACUUUUGAGAACUAUGGAAACACAGAUGUGACAGAGGUUAAACUAUUACGAAAAGUUGAUCCAUCCCAGCAGAAAAAGGAAUCAGAGAAGAAAACUAAAUCAAAACGAGAUAUAAUAGCAGAACAGAAGGAAUAUAGGAGGAAGAAACAACAGAAGAAAGCUCAGCGACUCAAACAGAUGGAGGAGGAAAGGGAAGUGGAAAAGAAUAAGUGGCUGGACUUUAACGCAAAGACUUUUGCCAAAACAAACAAAGGAAAGGUGAAAAAGAGUAUCUUUGCUACUCCAGAUGCAGCCAAUGGAAAAGUGGGAGUGGGCACAUGUGGGCAGGGAGGUAGGCCAAUGACCUCAUUCCAGCAUGCAGAAAAAUGGAGGAAGUGAAAUGAGGAUUUUACAUGAUAUGUACACCCAUGUUUGUGUGACUCUAAGGUGCUCAUGUACUAGAAUUGAAAGGAUAUUUUGAAGACAGCAAGCAAAACCCCCUUGGAGGGGUGCAAGUGUUUUGAAUGGAUGUAAUGGUCAUGCUUAAUCCAAUCUUUUCUCAAACAAGAUCUUAGACUGAACAGAUCAGUUUGUUACAAUUUGACAACAGCAGUUGCUAGAAAAGUGUUUAGGUCAUACAAACUUUGUUUUUAGAUAGUUGAAGUGGAAGAAAUUUUUUCACUGGAAAACUUUAUAAUAUAUUAAAUAGAUGUAAUUUUCAAAAAAAUAAUCUGCAGUCAGUUUAUUGAACUUUAAAUUACAUGAAAUAGCACAUAUAUUUUUAAAAACACAUACAGUACAACUCAUUUACAUCACAGAAUAAAUCACAGGACAUAGACAAAAACAUACAUGUACAUAUAUACCUUUUUAUUGUAUAAAACAUUUGUGACACACAGUGGCAAGCAUAUUUUGAAUGCAAUAUGAGAGGGAUUUUUAUAUGUACUUUAUUUUAUUUCACAUCAUGUAAAAUUACCAUGGUAAAUCUAGUAUUGUGUUUGAUAUCAUGCCUAAUAAAUUGUAAAUUCUUCA